AUGCAUACGUAUCGGGGCGAGGCACUGGCGCUAGCCAGCAGCCCGCCGAUGCCUCCUGUAGUGGUGGCCUCGAUGGUGACCCCGGGGCGCAAUGAGCUGCGCUUCCGGAAGCCGCAACGGCUCAGUAAAUCCAAGGAGGAGCAACUGCCGCCCGUGUGGAAGAAAAGUCAUGAAGUAAUCAAACUCCGGCGCCCCUUUGGGAACGCCCGACCGUCACUCAUGGAAAGGGGCGGCAAUAUCAUAGACAAGGUUAUGACGCUCGAGUUGGAGGCAUUUUCGGAUGAGGAGGCGGCGUACCUGAUCUCGCCAGACGCGCCGCACUCCCACAUUGUCGACAGGGUGGUGGAGGUCCUUUUUGUUACCCUUUGCACGGCACCGAGGCGGUGUUCCUGGAAUACGCCCAGCGUCCGGCGAGAAUGGAAGUAUGAGUUGCGGCUCGCAGGGGAGUGGUGGCUCUCACUGCGCACUUUACCCUGCACCGCGAAUUCGCAGGAACAUUACCCACCGCUUAUCCCAUUUGGGUUGCGAAGUACUGCGAGCGAGAACCAGUUUAUUGCCGACCUCACUCUUCACAUGCGCCGCAAAUGCGCCGUAUUCUCCCUCUUUCAUCUUGACCAUCUCACACUAACCCCUGAUAGGGCAGCCGUACUACUCUUUGAUGGAAUUUUGCGCAAUGACGCCCGCCAUUUGCAGUGUCUUUCAUUGCCCUUUUGUGAGAUUGGCGCGGCCACCCUUUUAUUGCUUUUGUGCGCCCUUACUCAGUGUCAUUCGCUGCAACCCCAGCUACGGUACCUAAAUCUCUCCUACAACUGGAUUGAUGCCUCCUGUUCAAACAUGCUGGCGAUGCUGUUGGGCCGCACCUCCAUUCGACGACUGAGCUUACAAGGCAAUCGCCUCGGUGGUGGUGACAUGUCAUCCUUCUACGACUUCCUCCUCCAGGGCUGCUGCCUGCUUGAAGAGCUGGAUCUUAGUUAUACCCGUCUUACAAGCGCCGAUGUGUGUUCCCUCAUCAGCUGUCUCCCAAAACUGCGAAACCUUGAAGUGCUGCUUCUUGACGGCGUGGAAAUACCUGAAAGUAAGGCGGCGGCACUCUCAACCGCCAUACGAAGGUCAAACCUCACAUAUGUCUCACUCAAGGGGGUUAGUGCGUGCUCGGGUGAGGCGUAUCUUCAUCGCAUUCGUAGUGUGUGUCGGCACACCCUUGCAGCACGCGGAGUCAUGCGGGGGCAGUCUGUAAUGCGAUGUUUGGCAGAAACGGGAAGCUUCUUUGAGGCAUUUGCGCAAAGAUCGUGUGAAUGGCUUUUUCUGAACGAUAGUGCCCUUCCCGAGUCGUAUCGCGCAUUCGUGACAAAUGAACCGUCGCUUCCGCCCAUCGAAGACCUCUGA